CCGUUAAACCAUAUGUUUUCCGUCGGAUAUGCCCGUACGGCGGAGCCGGCUGUUGCCUGUCUUUGGGGGAAGAUAACCAGUACUGUGGUGACUCCAGAUAUCAUCCCAGGUUUCUCGGGAUGGUGUAACGUCAACAACAGCAUUGUCAGAAUACGGAAUCAUCGGAGUCCACGGCAAGAUGAAAGGCUCGCCUUGGGAUCGUAGUAGAAUAUUUGCUGGGGUUGCGGCCACUUGCAUGGGAAGUGUGUCCGACUCUCAGCCUCAACCUGCAAGCCGGGCGCACUAUCCAAGCACACCAAUCACUUCCGGCGCACCAUGCCAGUGCCGGUUAGAGGAUCGGGAUCCUGAGAGGCGUGAUGCUGGCGACAAGGGAUGGCGACCGAAUCGAGCCCGUUGUGACAACGGCGACCAUGCGUGCGGUGGUGGGCUGUUUUGUUUUGGGUAAUGAUCGGUCGGAUCGAGCCCGACCCUGGCGGAUAAUGGAUUCUGGCAGCAUGAGCAGACACCAGCCGUGAUGUUGUCAGAGAGUAGGAACUGUGUCUGGACUAUGGAG